CGCGAAGGCCCGCAGCGGGGCCCUGCCUGUGCGAGGCCAAGGGGCCGAGCUGCAGCGAUGAGCAAGCUCCGGAGUCCUCGGGGUGUUAGCGGCAGCUGGGGUGGCCGUACGGAGGGCCGCGGACGCUGAGGCGGUGCAGAUCUUUGGCUCAGAGGCAGAUGUAUCUUGGGUUUGUCUGCAGGGCUCAAAGUGGGCGUAACGCAAAAGUUACCAGGCACUAACUUCUCCGAGGUUUCCUUGAGGCUGAUGUCGGAACCGGGAGGACGGGCCUGGAGCGGUCUCCGCGGGGAGCGGCUGUAACCUGACCUGGGCGAGUGAGCGCUGUCCGCGGUGCUGACGGCAGACCUGGGCGCCCGGCGGGAAGCCGAGGGGCCGGGCGGUUCCGUGUCUGCGGCCGGGCGCGGUGCGCUGCGCUCGGUGCGUGCGUGACGGGCACAUUCUAACGGCGUUGGGCACUCAGGCCAUUAGUGGACGUCUGGUGUUUAACUCAUAAAAUUUAGGAAAGCCAGCGCGUCGUUUCGGUUUUUAUGUCCCGUAGGGCCGGCGCCUUGCGCUUCGGCACCCAACCCGAUGAUUUGGUUUCAGGCUCCAAGUCUUGAAAGCCCUUGACCGGACCACUGUCCGUACUGGCCCAGGUUCUUCGGCCAAGUUACACACGAAAAAUGCUUUCCUGUUUGGAAAAGAGAGAAAACUGGGCAGUCUUCCAAUGAAGAAAAGAUCAUGAUUUAUAAGGCAGCUUUGCCUAAAGAUGACUUCCCUGUUCACUCAAGAAAUCCGCCUUUCUAAAAGACAUGAAGAGAUAGUAUCAGAAAGAUUAAUGCUACUUCAAAAAAUGGAGAGUAAAUUUGGAGAUUUAAACAAGGGAAAGGCAUCUCAGAUGCAAGCAGCUGAGACUGCUUUUAAAAGGAAUCUUAGUCUUUUAAAGGACAUAGAGGUGGCAGAGCAGUCUUUAUGCACCCGGAUUCACCCUCUUCCACCGCCAGAGGUGGUUUCUCUUGAGACUCUUUACUGGGCAUCAGUAGAAGAAUAUAUUCCCAAAUGGGAACAGUUUCUUUUAGGAAGAGCACCAUAUCCUAUUGGUGUUGAUGAUCAAAAGGAAGCAGAAAAUAUCAUUCAAAAUGAGGCGCAGCAGUGACUUCUCCAACAUGCUAUUUCAAAAAACCUGUUUAGUGAAGCUGAGUAUUGAAGCCUAUGGCAGGUCAUUGUAGAAACUUUAGGAAUCGAAUAUGUUCAUACUGUCCCACUACCUCCUCAAUGACAAUAAAGAUAAGAGAAUCUA